AUAUUUUCCAUUUGUUUUUACAACAUAUAAUUAUUGUAAAGAUAUUGAUCUUAACUCGCUACUGUCAUUAUAGCGCUAGACAUAUUACGUAACGAUCGUCUGCACGCGACAAAAUUGUCUCGUCGCUCUCUUUGUUGAAGUACAGAAUCGUCUACUGCAAAAGCGAUACCGAUCAAAAGAGAGUUUUGGUCAACAUCAAUUCGGUCAGCCAAUCAAACACGUUGUAAGUUUUUCCGACAGACUGUCUACAUGAACAAAAUGUCGUUGUCUGUGAAUUUUAAUAUCAAUUGACAUUUAUUCAAACAGAAACAUUUUCGAACAGUUACUGAAUGAAUAAGAAGCACCAAAAUGGUUUUAUUUACGCUUACACUCGUCCGGCAUGGGGAGACUAUGUACAAUAGAAAAGGAAUAAUCCAAGGGCAAACAGACAUUCCACUGUCGAGUUUUGGUGAGAGGCAGGCAGAGAUGGUGGCUGCUCGACUUCAGAAUGAAAGGUUUACGCACAUCUUUUCGAGUGACCUUUGUCGAGCCACUGAAACUGCACGCAUUAUCUCUGAAGCCAACAAAGUUUGUCGGUGUCAGGUCACAAUGGAUAAACGUUUAAGAGAAAGGAAAUUCGGCUCAUUGGAAGGGAAGUCUAAAAAAGAAUUAAUGCAGCAAGUGAAGAAAGCCAAAAGGCGCUAUGAAGAUUUUACCCCAUCAGGAGCAGAGUCCUACCGUGAGGUGCGUGAACGAGCAAGACUUUUCUUCUUGGACAUUUGCAAAAUGUGUGCUAGCUAUGAAUACCAAGAUGACGUCUACACACCAGCCAAGAUCAAGAGAAGGCAUGGUGGAAGUCUGGGAAGGAACAGUCGGCAUAGUAACAAGCGCCUUCAAAUCAGUGGCAGGAGUCAGUCAUUCUGUGGCUCAGGCAACAUUCAGAACAUCAUAAACGAAAUGAACAUGGAAUCGGAAUCAAGUGAUGACGAAAACGAAAACAAUGUUGUGACACAACUGAACUUCUGUGAGACUAAUAGCUACAUGUCUAUGCAAGAUGGUGUUGAGUUUGAACACUCAGACAAAGUGAUUCCAGAUUACAACUACAGAGAGUGUUUUCAAUGCAGUUCGGAUGACUCGAAUACAAGUGCAGAUCUCAAACCACGAGGCAGCAUAAAGUCUGAGACUUCCACAGAAUCUGAAGUGGAUUCGGAUCUCUCCCCUUCCUCCCAAGGCACUAUGGGCAAUGACUCAGACAGCACUCUGUCUGGUUCUGGGUCAGGUGACUGUUCAGGGCGGCAAUCUGUCGUAAUCCCGACAGAACCCCGUAAACAAAGUCAAAUAUUUCAGUCUCCUAGUCCUGUGAAGAGAAACAUUGACGAUUCUUACGAAGAAUGUCCAAAUGUUUCUCUCACUUUCUCACCAAAUGCCCACAAUUUUUCGAGCAUAUCCAGUAUAAGUUCUGGACGAAACAGCAGCUUUGAUGACACAGACAGUAUGCCACAGACCGUGGCAGAUAUAUUGGUUGUGAGUCAUGGUGGAUUUAUCAAAGAAUGUUUGAACUUCUUUGUAGAGAUUUUAGACUGCAAAAUUCCGGGCAUGCGAGGUCAUGCAUUGAAAGUCUGCCCCAACUGCAGUGUGUCCAAGUUCAAUAUAACACUGGAUGAGUAUACUUUGACCCCCACUGUGACCUGUGUAACCAUUCAUGACAAGGAUCAUCUCAUUGGACUUGACUUGCCUUCUACCAAGGGUGCUUUCUAAAUUGCUAUGAAAGUGUAUUAUUGGUGGUUAGAAAUGCUCUUUAACCCUUUCAGCUCUGGAACCGACUUUUAAAGGCCUUUGCAAACAGUUUGGAUCCAGAUGAGACGCCACAGAACGUGGCAUCUCAUCAGGAUCCAAACUGUUUGCUAUUCUGAUAGUAUUCUUUGAAAAAAAAUCAAAGAAAAUGCUAAUUUUAGAAAUUCAGCAGGCAACAUUUAAAUUUAGCAGACGACAAAUUUUCCAGCAUGCAAAGGGUUAACCUUCAGCUAACAGAAAAGAUACUAAAAUUAUAUUGCCUUAGGGCUGAACAUUGAAAUCAGAACAGUAAUUACACCAUUACCUGUGUUCUCUGGAAGCACCAGCUGCCGGCGAUUUCAAAGGUUUCUAACAAUCCAGGUACCAGCUACCUUCACCCAAAAUGCCUAUUUUAGUGCUUUGUCGCUGGCUACUUUGGAUAUCUUACUGGUCACUAAAAUGUGUAUGUAGAACACUGCAUUAUACCAGUACUUGCAUACAUUUUGAUUGUUUUUAUAAAUGUUAUAGAAACUGAGAUUUGGCUUUUACAAAUUUCCGAAAUAUUGGAAUUGAUUGAAAUAUAUUUCAGUGACUUAAGUUGAUAUUUUAAUUUGUUCAAGAUUGUCUAUUUAAUUGUUAAUAAUAGAUUAAUCUAAGGGUAAAUGGCAUUUACUUUUGUUUAAUGUUUAAUCUUUCUGCUUUUGGUGUGAAACAUUUAUAGAUAAAACAUUUGUAUCAUAAAGCUAUGUUUAAAUUAAUGUUGAUAAAUUUUUACAAGAAAUUUGUUGAUUCAUCGGGUGUAUUCUUUGGAUCUUAAUUUUGUGGAUGUUGCUUAAUGUCUGAUGUAAAUAUUCUUUACAUUUGAUUUUGAUGUUGACAGGACCCAAACAAACCACAAAAUUAGUCUCCAACGAAUAAUUGUUUUCACAGUAUGUAAAAACAUAAUAAUUUAAAUAUAAAUAAAUAUAUAUAUAUUAGAUGAGAGGUAUUAUAUUAUAGCAUACUUCAUGUUCAUGCUUUAAUUAUAUUUUUAUUACCUGGUGAAAUGCUGGUAUAUCCAAAAGUCAGUCUCUCAAUUCCAUAUUCUUUUAUAAUUAUUGGCAUAUGAGUCUCAUCAUGCAAAAAUGGUCUUAUGUCAUUUGCAGCCAGCGUAGCACCAAACCAACAUUCACACUGGCCCAAUCUGGUUAGGAUCCACUCUGUCUGCUAGAAGGUGACAUACACACUGGCCCAAUCCGGAUAGGAUCCACUCUGUCUGCUACAAAGUCACAUACACCCUGGCCCAAUCUGGUUAGGAUCCACUCUGUCUGCUAGAAAGUGACAUACACACUGGCCCAAUCUGGUUAGGAUCCACCCUGUCUGCUAGAAAGUGACAUACACACUGGCCCAAUCCGGAUAGGAUCCACUCUGUCUGCUACAAAGUCACAUACACACUGGCCCAAUCUGGUUAGGAUCCACUCUGUCUGCUAGAAAGUGACAUACACACUGGCCUAAUCUGGUUAGGAUCCACCCUGUCUGCUAGAAAGUGACAUACACACUGGCCCAAUCUGGUUAGGAUCCACUCUGUCUGCUAGAAAGUGACAUACACACUGGCCCAAUCUGGUAAGGAUCCACUCUGUCUGCUACAAAGUCACAUACACACUGGCCCAAUCUGGUUAGGAUCCACUCUGUCUGCUAGAAGGUGACAUACACACUGGCCCAAUCUGGUUAGGAUCCACCCUGUCUGCUAGAAAGUGACAUACACACUGGCCCAAUCUGGUUAGGAUCCACUCUGUCUGCUAGAAGGUGACAUACACACUGGCCCAAUCUGGUUAGGAUCCACUCUGUCUGCUAGAAAGUGACAUACACACUGGCCCAAUCUGGUUAGGAUCCACCCUGUCUGCUAGAAAGUGACAUACACACUGGCCCAAUCUGGUAAGGAUCCACUCUGUCUGCUACAAAGUCACAUACACACUGGCCCAAUCUGGUUAGGAUCCACUCUGUCUGCUACAAAGUCACAUACACACUGGCCCAAUCUGGUUAGGAUCCACCCUGUCUGCUAGAAAGUGACAUACACACUGGCCCAAUCUGGUUAGGAUCCACUCUGUCUGCUAGAAAGUGACAUACACACUGGCCCAAUCUGGUUAGGAUCCACCCUGUCUGCUACAAAGUCACAUACACACUGGCCCAAUCUGGUUAGGAUCCACCCUGUCUGCUAGAAAGUGACAUACAUACUGGCCCAAUCUGGUAAGGAUCCACUCUGUCUGCUACAAAGUCACAUACACACUGGCCCAAUCUGGUUAGGAUCCACUCUGUCUGCUAGAAAGUGACAUACACACUGGCCCAAUCUGGUUAGGAUUCACUCUGUCUGCUACAAAGUCACAUACACACUGGCCCAAUCUGGUUAGGAUCCACUCUGUCUGCUACAAAGUCGCAUACACACUGGCCCAAUCUGGUUAGGAUCCACCCUGUCUGCUAGAAAGUGACAUACACAUCCACUCUGCUUGCUACAAAGUAACACAAGGUUUCUUGGUCUCAUUAGCGGACAGGGUAGCUCCUGAGCAGGCUUAUUAUGUCAAAAGACCCAUUUUUUGCAUGAAUUUGCUCAUAUACUUGUUUGGUAAGACUGGUCUCAUCUGUAAUAAGACAUCGCAUAUAAAUUUCUGAAGUUGAAGUUGUAUCCUCUUUGAACUUGAAAAUGAACAAAACAUGGAAUAUAGAUCAGUGAACAUUGUGGUUGUUUUGUUGUUUACCACAAGUAGAUAAUUAUAUUCUUAAUAUGUACUUUAUGGCUCCCUUUGAUCAAUUCAAUUGAUUUGGAUUUCCUGAUUUUCAAAUAAUUGUACUUACGGUUCAAGUCAGACAGGGUCAUGUUUUCCUUUCCCCAACAUAUUUAGGUUCAGCUUGUUGUUGACUGAGUGAUGGGUUUCUGAGAUACAGUUAGAGGGAUGCAGAGAGCUGAAAUUGUUUUUGCAUUUUCAUUUCCACAGAAAGUGUUUUUUUUGUGGAAGUGGUUGAUUUGUGUAAUGACUACUGAUAAAUGGCAUUUUUCAUUGAUUUCUGGUGAGAAAGAGGUGAUGUUAAUGCUUAAUUAUCUUUUUGCAUAAUUAAUAAUAUGUAGCUGUUUAUUUGCCAUAUGUGUAUCAUCUUUGUGUUUACAUAAUUGUUUAUUUUGUUACUUAUUGUCAGUAUGCCAUACGCCAAUUUUUUUUAACAGAUUGUAUUUAAAAUAUAUAAUGGCAAAAUUAGAAUGAUGUCUUGCUGUUUACAAGUUUUUUCAAUUUAAAAUAGAAAGACGUUGAAAAGUAGUGGAGAACAUAUUUUACUAGCGUUUUUAUGAUAGUUAUGUGUCUAAACCUAAAAUCUGCAAUAAGUGUGUUUAAAGUGACACAACAUAAGCGCUAAAAUUGUUUGACUAUUCAUGUCAUAUUUUAGUGUUUUAGUCUCACACUAAGCACAAAUGCUAAACCUGAGCAUUAGAGAGCUCAUAGGUAGCUAUAAGCAUUCUAUGAUGUCUGUCAUCUGGCAGUCAGCGAAAGUAUGUGUGUGUCUGUCAAAUUUUUCUGAACUGCUUGUCAGAUUUUAACAAAACUUAACAGGAAUGAUCCAUGGGUGACUCUUUUAAACCUUUGUGGUCUGUUGCAUAUGUAUGUCACCAGAGCUAAACAAAACAUUUAUAAACAAGA